AUGGCGGCCGAGGCGUCGAGGGCUGGGCGCACCCAGUCGUUCUGCCGGCUGGUGGAGACGCAGGGUUGGGACCGGGGUGCGGCCGAGGUUCCGUGCACCCGCUGUGGACGAGGAGCGCCUAGAGCUCCUGGUCGCCACCGUGAACUUCAGUGUGGACAUGCUUUUUGUGAACUGUGCUUGUCAAGACCUGAAGACUGCAGCACGAUUGUAUGCCCUGAUUGUGAGAUUGCUACAACUAUGAAUACAAGACAAGGAUACUGCCCACUAGAUGGACAUAUUAAAGAAGAUUCUUUUAUGGAGAAACUGCAGCCUAAAAAAGUAAAGACUUGUUCUCCGGACUUUAAAAAGACUGCUGAUCAGCUAACGAUUGGUCUAGGACAAUCACCCUCCACACACAGAACUUUCCUGACCCCAUCAACUGUGAUAGAGGAGACUAAAACCGUGGAAGAAAUUGAUGAAGCACUGAAGAUUGCAGGCCAAAAUUUUGAACAAUUAAGUAUUGCUGUAAAAAUGCUUGAACACAUGUACAAUCAAACAAAAGAGGAAACAGUCAGUCUUAUAAAGGUUCUGGAGAAACAGUUUGAUCAGCUUUUUACUUCUCUUGAUUCCAGGAAAAAGAACCUGUGUAAAGAAGUAAUGAGAAAUACAGAUGCUUAUUUAUCAAAUGUUACAAUGGCUAAAAGCUACAUCGAAGUGAAAAAAAAUGAUUUGGAUGCAGCUAUGAAGAUAGCAAGAGAAUUGAAAUUGGCACCUUCUCUGAGGACAUACUGUGACUUGAAUCAGAUUAUACGGACUUUGAAGUUAACUUUCGAGAGUGAACUGUCACACGUUACCUCUCUAAAACUGAGGAACUCUCCCAAGUUGAAUAUGAAUUGCAGUGAGAUCAUCUGUAUGUUCGACAAUGUGGGAAAGAUUGAAUUUGAGGACUCUACAAAAUACGAUCCUCAAAAAACAGAGAUCGGACAGAAUGUUCAAAAGAAAUAUAAUCAUGAAAAGGAAUUUUCUUACAGUGGUACAUACCCACUAGAAAAGAAAAAGGUUGACAUUUCUGCUCUAACUACUGAAGCCCCACUAGCUCCUUUGCAAUGGGAAACCGGUGAUGUGCAUUUAGAAUCACAGAACUUGCAGCCCCUGAAAGAGGUUGUACCGCCGUCCUCGAAAACCAUUGCUGCUCUGCCUCAGAUGGAAUCUAGCCCUGAUGUAAUAAUUGAAGAGAUUAUUGAAGAAAACCUGGAAAGUUCUCCAGAGCUAGUUUUUGUAAGCCAUGUAAUACAUCCUUGCCACUUCUACGUUCGGAAGUACUCGCAAUUAAAAGACGCAACGCUACUGGAAAAGAAGGUUAAUCAGUUUUGCAAUAAGAGUUCACCCCUUGAGCCUUCAGACAUUUUGGAGCUAGGUGCAAGAAUAUUUGUCAACAGCAUUGAAAAUGGAAUGUGGUGUCGAGGAACUAUUACAGAACUAAUUCCAACAGGAAGUGAAAACAUGAGGAAGCUUUGUAGUCCCUUCAGAUUUGCAGUCCAUGAAGUUGCACUAAUCCAAAUAUUCAUGGUAGAUUUUGGGAAUUCUGAAGUCCUAAUUGUUGCAGGAGCUGGUGAUGCCCACGUGAGGUCAGAACAUGUUCCUAAGCAGCACGUUGUACUGAAUGACUUGCGUCUGGUUCUGAGGAAGCCUAGACCUCACACCGAGGGGCUGCUGCGAGACAUUCCGCCGUCAGCUCAGGCCUGCUCCUUGAAAGACAUUGUUCCGCAGAGUUCAACUGAAGGCUGGGGAGAAGAAGCUAAAGUAGAAUUUUUGAAAAUGGUGAAUAAGAAAGCUGUUUUAAUGAAAGUUUUUAAGGAAGAAGAUGGUGUGCUUAUUGUAGAUCUGCAGAAACCGCCAGCAAAUAAAAUAAGCAGUGACAUGCCUGUGUCUCUUAGGGAUGCGUUAGUUUUUAUGGAGCUAGCAAGGUUUAGGUCACAGUCCCCAGAAAGUCGCUCUGAGAAAAGCAAGACUUUACGCUAUCACCCACCCAUUUUGCCUAAGGAGAUGACAGAUGUGUCUGUCACGGUUUGUCACGUCAACAGCCCUUCUGAUUUCUACCUUCAGUUGAUAGAGAGCCUGGAUUUUUUAUUUCUGUUAAAGACAGUCGAGGAAUUCUAUAAAAGCGAAAAUGGAGAAAAUCUGGAAAUCCUCUGUCCGGUUCAAGAUCAAGCUUGUGUAGCUAAAUUUGAAGAUGGAGUUUGGUACCGAGCAAAAGUUGUUGGAUUGCCUGGACAUCGUGAAGUUGAAGUUAAAUAUGUGGACUUUGGCAACACAGCAAAAAUAACACUUAAAGAAAUGCGUAAAAUAAAGGAUGAAUUUCUGAAUCCUGCAGAGAAGGCGAUUAAAUGCAAGCUGGCCUAUAUUGAACCAUGUGAAAGGACAAGGCAGUGGUCAAGAAAAGCCAAAGAAAAGUUCGAGGAAAAGACUCAAGACAAGUUUAUGACAUGCUCGGUCAUCAAAAUUCUGGAAGAUAAUGUGCUCGUAGUUGAGCUUUUCGAUUCUCUUGAUGCUACUGGAAUGUCUCCUACCAGUAUUAAUGACCAGCUAGUCAAAGAGGGCCUAGCGUCUUAUGAAGUAGGAUACACAAUCAAAGAUAAUUCCAAGAAGCAUACUGAAGUAUGGGAUCCUUCUCCAGAAGAGAUUAUUUCAAAUGAAGUAAACAGGUUAAAUCCCGUAUUUGCAAAAUCUCUACCUGACGAGAAUCUCCAGUCGCUUUAUAAUAAGGAACUGCCUGUGUACAUCUGUAAUGUAAUGUCUCCUGAGAAGAUUUAUGUUCAGUGGUUAUUAACAGAAAAUUUACUUAAUAGUUUGGGAGAAAAGAUGGUCGCUGCUUAUGAAAACUCAACGUGGAAACCCGUUAAAUGGGAAAACGACAUGCACUGUGCGGUUAAGAUCCCAGAUAAAAAUCAGUGGCAGAGAGGCCAGAUCAUCAGGAUGGUUACAGACACGUUGGUAGAGGUCCUGCUGUAUGACGUGGGUGUUGAACUGGCGGUGAACAUCAGCUGUUUAAGGGAGCUUCGGGAAGAUCUGAAGACGAUGGGAAGGUUGUCUUUGGAAUGCUCUCUUGCUGACAUAAGACCAGCCGGUGGGAGUGACAAGUGGACAGCGACCGCCUGUGACUGUCUCUCGUUGUACCUCAGCGGAGCCGUGGCGACGGUCAUCCUGCAGGAGAACAACACAGCCUGGCCACUACCUGUGAAAAUUUUCUGCAGAGAUGAGAAGGGAGAACGUGUUGAUGUUUCUAAAUACUUGAUUAAAAAGGGUUUGGCUUUGAGAGAAAGGAGAAUUAAUAAAUUAGAUAACAGUCAUUCAUUAUCCCAGAAGUCUCUGGAGAUUCCCCUGGAACAGGGAGCAUCAGUGAUUCCUAAGUGUGUUCAAAUUAACUCUGACCCUGACAAAAAAGCUGCUGCUGUUAUCAGUGAACCCAAGGUGUCUGAAUUUAAGGAGAAAAUUCUGGAACCAAGAACCACUGGAUGCUAUAAACCACCAGCUAUUCCUAAGCAGGAAGUUUUUGAGGCAGUAGUCAGCUGCGUUGGUGAUGAUGGAACCAUAUUCGUGGUGCCUAAAGUAUCAGAAUUCGAGCUAAUAAAAAUGAUGAAUGAAAUUCAAAGUAAUUUAAAAUGCCUUGGUCUCUUGGAGCCUUAUUUCUGGAAAAAGGGAGAAGCCUGUGCAGUGAGGGGAUCGGACACCCUGUGGCACCGAGGGAAGGUAACGGAGGUCAUCGGCGGCACCGUCAGGGUGCAGUAUUUAGAUCAUGGAUUCACUGAGAAGCUCCCACAGUGUCAUCUUUAUCCUAUUUUGCUGUAUCCUGAUACACCCCAGUUCUGUAUUCCCUGUCAGCUCUGUAAUACCACACCUGUUGGGAAUGUCUGGCAACCCGAUGCAGUAGAGCUCCUCCAGGAACUGCUGUCCAAGAGAGAGGUGGAAGUUCACGUGAUGGAAUUACCUGAAAACCCAUGGGAGAAAUUAUCUGUUCACCUCUAUUUUGAUGGAAUGUCACUUUCUUACUUUAUGGCAUACCAUAAACACUGCACUUUGGAACAUUCUGAGGAAACACUGAAGGAAAAACCAAGAGAUUACAAUAAAACGUAUGAGGAAGAGAGAUGGGAAAUAAGGUUUGAGGAAUUGCUUUCGUCUGAAACGGAGACUCCGAUUUUACCGCCGUAUCUGUCUUCGUCUCUGCCGCCCCCAGAGCAGCUCUACGCUGUGCGAGUAAAGCACGUUGUCUCGCCCAGUGAGGUGUAUAUUUGCCUUGAUUCUGUAGAAAACUCUAAGGCGUUUAACCAGCACAGCAACACGGACGACCGUGGGGUUGGUUCAGGGCCGGAGUCCGAGAGCCUGGAGGAGACACUGCGGAGGUUCAACGAGGCUGCAGAGACGUCCCCUCCUCUGACGGACUUCCGAGCAGAAAUGCCUUGCCUUGCAGAAUAUGAUGAUGGCUUAUGGUACAGAGCAAAGAUUGUUUCCAUUAAAGAAUUUAAUCCUCUAGCUGUCCUGGUACAAUUUGUUGAUUAUGGAUCAACGGAAAAGCUGACAAUAAACAGACUGCGUCAAAUUCCUCUUCGUCUUAUGCAGUAUCCAGCCAGAGCUGUGAAGGUUCUCUUGGCAGGAUUUAAACCUCCCUUAAGAGAUUUAGGAAAGGCAAGAAUACCGUAUUGUCCCAAGUGGAGCAUGGAAGCUUUGUGGGCUAUGAUAGACUGUCUUCAAGGAAAACAGCUUUAUGCUUCUUCCAUGGCUCAGGUACCAGAACACAUAGUGACCCUGUAUGAAGAUGAACAGUAUCCGGUUCAUAUGUCAUUAGUGGAGAUGGGGCUUGCAGACGAAGACGAAUGA